AUGACUACAUAUGGUAACAGAGCAGUAGUCAAAAACCUUACUCCUGGAAUGGAUUACAUGUUUCAAGUGAAGACGGUUAAAGGCAAAGAUUACAGUGUACCUCUGGAGAAGGAAGUGACUACAAAACCAGCUGGAAUAUGUGGUUUAUUAUUAAAAGAGGUAAAUACUUCCUCUGCGACCUUAAUCUGGAAUCCAACAAAGACCAAUUUUUCAUAUUACAAGAUUCAUCUAUCAAAUAAUACAUUCUUAAAGGAAUAUAAGGUUAUGGAAACCAAGACUGACUACACAAUAAUAGACUUGACUCCUGGAGGCACGUAUAAUAUCACAGUUCAGAGAGUAAGAGGAGAUGUGGAAGGAUCGCUCACAUUGAUUAAGAUGGUUGCAGAACCUCAAGCGCCCGAGGAACUUGAAGUUUUCAAUAUUUCAUCAAAUUCCUUUUCUCUUCGCUGGAGGAUACCUUACGGUCACGUGGAAAGGUAUCAAGUGGAUCUUGUCCCUGACUGUGGCUUUGUUACUAUCAGAGAUCUUGGAGGUGGGGAGUAUCAGGGUGAUGUUUCUGGUGUGACUCCUGGUACUAGGUACAAUGUAACAGUUUCUUCAGUUUCAGCGGCUACAUACAGUUCACCUGCCAGUAGAACAGUGACCACCAAUGUAACCAAUCCAGGGCCUCCUGUGUUCCUUGCAGGUGAAAGAGUUGGAUCUGCUGGAAUCCUUCUUUCCUGGAACACACCACCUAACCCCAAUGGGAGAAUUAUAUCUUAUAUUGUUAAAUAUAAGGAAGUUUGUCCAUGGAUGCAAAUGACGUACACCCAAGUUACAGCAAACCCAGAUAGUUUGGAAGUUCUUCUUACCAAUCUUAAUCCUGGAACAACGUAUGAAAUUAAGGUGGCUGCGGAAAACAGUGCUGGGGUCGGAAUAUUUAGUGAUCCAUUUCUCUUUCAAACUGCAGAAAGUGCUCCAGGUAAAGUGGUGAAUCUUACAGUUGAAGCCUUCAAUUAUUCUGCAGUAAAUCUGAUCUGGUAUCUACCUCGACAACCAAACGGCAAGAUUACCAGUUUCAAGAUUAGUGUCAAACAUGCAAGAAGUGGGAUAGUGGUCAAAGAUGUCUCAAUUAAAGUGGAGGACAUUCUGAAUGGAAAACUACCUGAAUGUAAUGAGAAAAGUGAAUCUUUUUUGUGGAGUACAACUAGCCCUUCACCAACAUCUGGCAAAGCUACAUCUCCCUCCCGUGCUCCAUAUGCAGCAAGUUUAUUGGCACUAAGUAAGAUAAACUCUGUGUGGAACGAGCCUAUCAGUUUCGUGGUGACUCACCUGAGACCAUACACAACGUAUCUUUUCGAGGUGUCAGCUGUUACCACUGAAGCAGGUUACAUUGACAGUACAAUUGUCAGAACACCAGAGUCAGUGCCUGAAGAUUCACCACAAAAUUUUGCAAAGGGCAAUAUUACAGGAAAAUCCUUUUCAGUGUCUUGGGAUCCACCAACAAUAAUAACAGGAAAAUUUAGUUACCGAGUUGAAUUAUACGGACCCUCAGGUCACAUUCUGGACAACAGUACAAAAGAGCUGAAGUUUACAUUUACAAAUCUAACACCUUUUACAAAAUACAGUGUAUUUGUGGCUGCUGAGACGAGUGCAGGCAUUGGACCCAAAUCCAAUUUCACCAUUUUCACCCCUCCAGAAGUUCCAAGUGCUGUAUUUGAUUUGCAAAUAACAGAAGUAGAAGCCACAUUAAUACGGAUUACUUGGAAGAAACCACGACAACCAAACGGAAUCAUUAGCCAGUAUAGAGUUAAAGUGCUUGAAAGGGAAACAGGAGUAAUUUUGGAAAAUAUCAUUCUCACAGGAAAAGCUGAGUAUAAAAAUGAUUUUGUGGCCCCGGAUAUGUGGAAAGGAAAUUCUAAAGCACCUUUCCUAAAUAAUGCGAAGGAAGCAGUGGCUGGAUUAUACGAAGGUUCAGCUGAGAUGUUUUCCGCAGAGAAAGCAGAGUCUCCGAUUCUAUUCCCUAGUCUUCCCAGUGAUAACAUUCCCAUAGUGAAUGGAGUCGAAGAACUUUAUUCCACAACUGAAACAGGGAAGGAGUAUACGACUAACAUUUCAGCUGAGCAGCUGUCGUAUGUUGUAAAGAGACUUACACCUUUCACCGAAUAUACAAUCACCGUGUCUGCUUUCACCAUUAUGGGCGAAGGACCACCAACUAUUCUUAAUGUCAGGACACAAGAGCAAGUUCCAAGUGCAGUGCAGAAUAUGAACUAUAAAAAUAUUAGUUCAUCAUCUAUCUUGCUAUAUUGGGAUCCACCAGAAUAUCCUAAUGGAAAAAUAACUCAUUACACUAUUUAUGCAAUGGAAUUACAUUCAAACAGAGCUUUUCAAAUGACUACUAAAGAUAACAGAUUCCUUAUAACAGAUCUGAAGAAAUAUACAAAUUAUAAAAUGAGAGUGGCAGCAUCAACCAAUGUAGGAGAAAGUUCCCUGUCAGAUGAAAAUGACAUUUUUGUGAGAACUCCUGAAGAUGAACCAGAGUCCCCACCCCAGAAUGUUGAAUUGGUUGAUAUUACUGCAACAGAAAUAAACCUGAGAUGGUCACCACCUGAAAAACCUAAUGGGAUAAUCAUCGCCUAUGAAGUAAUUUAUGGAAAUCCAGAAAAAUUACUUACUAAAAACAUUUCAACAACCAGUGCAAUUUUAAGUGACCUAAAACCUUACACUCUUUACAAUAUUUCUGUCCGGUCAUAUACAAGACUUGGCCAUGGGAAUCAGAUUUCUUCCUUGUUGUCAGUAAGAACAUCUGAAACUGUGCCUGAUAGUCCUCCAGAAAAUAUCACCUACAGAAAUAUUUCUUCUACGGAAAUAGAGUUAUCAUUUCUUCCGCCAGCUGUUCCUAAUGGAAUAAUUCUGAAGUAUACAGUAUAUCUCAGGAAGAAUAAGGAAAAUGAAGAAAGAAUUAUAAAUACUACUUCUCUGUCACAGAAAAUUGGAGGGUUGAAGAGAUAUACCCACUACCUGGUUCGAGUAUCUGCUAGUACUAUCAAAGGUGAAGGAGCUGAAAGUGCCCCUGUAACUAUCCUGACUGAAGAAGAUGCUCCUGGUUCUCCUCCACAAACCUUUUCAGUUAAGCAGUUGUCUGGUGUCACUGUGAAGUUGUCAUGGCAACCACCUUUGGAGCCAAAUGGAGUUAUCCUCUAUUACACAGUUUAUAUCUGGGACACUUCACCUCCCAGAACUAUUAAUGCAACUGAAACAACGUUGGAAAUCACAGACCUGGAAAAUAACAUUGAAUAUAAUGCAUAUGUAACAGCAAGCACCAGAUUUGGUGAUGGAAAAAUGAAAAGUAGCAUUAUUAGUUUCAGAACCUCUGAAGGAGCACCAAGUGAUCCACCAAAAGAUGUCCAUUACGCCAACCUCAGUUCCUCAUCAAUAAUUUUAUUUUGGAAUCCUCCCUCAAAGCCUAAUGGGAUUAUACAACACUAUACAGUUUAUUACAAAAAUAAUUCAGGAACGUUUAUCAAGAAUUUGGCACUCCAUGAAAUAAGCAAUGAAUUUGAUAAUGAAACCUUAUCCGCUGUAAUUGAAAAUUUAGCAAUUUUCAGCUACUAUGUGUUCUGGCUAACAGCAAGUACUGCCUUUGGAAAUGGGAACCAAACCAGUGACAUGAUACAUGUGUUCACAGACCAAGACAUACCAGAAGGACCUGUUGAAAAUAUGACCUAUGAAACUAUUUCUUCAACUGCUGUAAACAUAAGCUGGUUUCCGCCAUCUCAACCAAAUGGUAUAGUCUUCUACUAUGUUUCACUGAGCUCACAGAAUACUCUACCAAACCACGAACAACCAUCUCUUAUUACUCAUGAGAGAAGCAUUUAUUUUGACAACCUGGAAAAAUACACUGACUAUAUUUUAAAAAUUACUCCAUCAACAGAGAAAGGAUUCUCUGAAAUGUGUACAGCAAAGCUACACAUCAAAACUGAUGAAGAUGUUCCAGAGACUACACCAGUAAUCAACACUUUCAAAAAUCUGUCCUCUACCUCAGUUCUCUUAUCUUGGGAUCCCCCAAUACAGCCAAAUGGUGCUAUAAUAAGUUAUGAUUUAACUUUACAUGGAUCAGUUGAAAAGUAUUCUGUUAAUACCUCUGAUAACUAUAUAAUUUUGGAAGAUCUUUCACCACUUGCACUGUAUAGUUUUUUUGCUGCCGCACGAACUAUAAAGGGACUUGGUCCAUUCACUACAGUUUUGUUUUAUACUGAUGAGUCUGAGCCACUAGCUCCACCUCAGAAUUUGACUUUAGUCAACUACACUGCAGAUUCUGUGUGGCUCAAAUGGAGACCAAGUCCUCAGCCCAGUGGUAUUGUCAUUAUGUACAAUUUUAAAAUUUAUGAAAACAGAAGUGAAACUGUAUCUUAUCAGAAUGUUUCAGGUUUUCAAACUGAUGGAAAACUUGUUGGAUUGGAUCCAAUGAAUACUUAUUCUGUCAGUGUAUCAGCUUUUACAAGAGUUGGAAAUGGCAACCAAUAUAGCAAUAUUAUAAGAUUCACAACAGAAGAAUCAGCUCCAGAUGUCGUCCAGAAUUUUCGGUGCAUGGCAACGAGUUGGCAGUCAGUUCUAGUGUGGUGGGAUCCACCGAAAAAGACGAAUGGAAUAAUUAUUCAUUACAUCCUAGCCUUUGAAAGAAAUUCUUCAAAAGUUAACGCUCAAGAUAAUGAGUAUACUUUCAGAGAACUUCUAGCAAAUACCUCCUAUACAUUUAAUAUUAAAGCUGUAACGUCUGCUGGGGAAGGCAAAGAAAGGAUAUGCAAUGCCAGCACAUUAUAUGAAACAGUUCCCAGUGCUCCCAGAGAUAUUGCUUUUUCCGACAUCCAAUCAACUAGUGUAACUUUGACCUGGCUCAAACCAGAAACUAUUCUUGGCUACUUUCAAAACUAUAAGAUCACUAUACAAUUGAGAUCCCUCAGCUGCAAUGAUUGGGAAUCUGAUGAAUGUGUUGAAUAUCAGGAAAACCAAUACGUGUCUGAAGUUAACUUUGAAGAGGAAACAGUACAUGGACUAAAGAAAUUCAGAUGGUAUAGAUUCCAAGUAGCUGCGAGCACAAAUGCCGGUUAUGGAAACAACUCAGUUUGGAUUUCUACACAAACUUUACCUGGCUCUCCAGAUGGUCCUCCGGAAAACGUGAUUGUAGUGGCUACAUCACCUCACAACAUUAACAUCACCUGGAAUGAACCCACAAUCAUAACAGGACCAACUUUCUACCUCAUAGAGAUUAGCUCAGUAGAUAGUGAUUAUUAUAAUGUUUCAUUCAUCAAAGAAAAUUUGGAGAAUAAAACCAUAGAAAUUACCGAUUUAAAGGCAUUUACAAGAUAUUCUGUAGUAAUCACGGCUUUUACUGGAAACGUCAGUGCAGCACGCAUAGAAGGCAAGUCAAGUGCUAGAAUAAUUGUGUCUACCUUGGAAACAGUGCCCAAAGAGCCACCUAGCAACAUGACCUAUCAGAAGAUGCCAGGAGAAGUUACAAAAUUUCAGCUAACCUUCCUUCCUCCGGCUGAAUCUGAUGGAAUUAUUCAAGUAUACCAAGCUAUGGUAUACAGAGAUGAUGAUCCCACUACUUUCCAGAUUCACAACCUGAGUAUUAUCCAAAAGACAAACUCUUCGGUCAUUGCAAUGUUAGAGGGGCUAAAAGGCGGGCAUACAUAUAACAUAAGUGUAUAUGCUGUCAAUAGUGCAGGCGCAGGGCCGAAAGUUCAGAUGAAAAUAACAAUGGACAUGAAGGCACCAGCACAGCCCAAAAAUAAACCCAUCCCUGUAUAUGAUACAUCUGGAACUCUACUUGUUACCUCGACAACUCUCACGAUCAAGAUGCCAGUCUGUUACUACAAUGAUGACCACGGACCGAUCAAAAAUAUACAAGUACUUGUAGCAGAGGCAGGAGUUCAGCAUGAUGGAAAUGUUACUAAGUGGUAUGAUGCCUACUUCAAGAAACCAAGGCCAUAUUUUACAAACGAAGGCUUUCCAAACCCACCAUGUUCAGAAGGAAGAAGUCUAUUGAGUGGCAAAGAAGAUGUAUAUGUCAUAGGCGCUGAUCAUGCAUGCAUGAUACCAGGGAAUGAAGACCAAAUUUGCAAUGGCCCCCUGAAACCCAAAAAACAGUACUUAUUUAAAUUUAGAGCCACAAAUAUUAAAGGACAGUUUACUGACUCUGAAUACUCCGAUCCUGUCAAAACACUGGGUGAUGCAGCAUCAGAAAGGAUGGUCGAAAUCACUCUGUCAGUUACUUUGUGUAUCCUUUCCAUAAUUCUUCUUGGGGCAGCUAUUUAUGCAUUUGCAAGAAUCCGGCAGAAACAGAAAGAGGGAGGCACAUAUUCCCCUCGGGAUGCAGAAAUUAUUGACACUAAAUUCAAGCUGGAUCAGUUCAUCACGGUGGCAGACUUGGAACUGCAGGAUGAGAGAUUAACUAGGUUACUUAGCUAUAGAAAAUCCAUCAAGCCAAUAAGCAAGAAAUCCUUCCUACAACAUGUUGAAGAGCUCUGCACAAACAACAACCUAAAGUUUCAAGAAGAAUUUUCGGAACUACCCAAAUUCCUCCAGGAUCUCUCUUCAACGGAUGCUGAUCUUCCCUGGAACAGGGCAAAGAAUCGAUUUCCAAACAUUAAGCCAUAUAAUAAUAACAGGGUGAAGCUUUUGGCUGAUCCAAGUAUACCAGGAUCUGAUUAUAUCAAUGCCAGCUAUGUUUCUGGCUACCUGUGUCCAAAUGAAUUCAUUGCUACCCAAGGCCCAUUGCCAGGAACUGUAGGAGAUUUUUGGAGAAUGGUCUGGGAAACUAGAGCAAAAACCUUAGUAAUGCUCACACAGUGCUUUGAAAAAGGACGGAUCAGAUGUCACCAGUACUGGCCAGAAGAUAACAAACCAGUAACAGUCUUUGGAGAUAUAGUGAUUACUAAAUUACUGGAAGAUAUCCAAAUAGAUUGGACCAUCAGAGAUCUGAAAAUUGAAAGGCAUGGGGAUUGUAUGAUGGUUCGCCAGUGUAACUUCACAGCUUGGCCUGAACAUGGAGUCCCUGAAAACAGCACGCCAUUAAUUCACUUUGUGAAGUUGAUUCGUGCAAACAGAGCCCAUGACACCACACCUAUGAUCAUCCACUGCAGUGCUGGAGUUGGACGAACUGGGGUUUUUAUUGCUCUGGACCACUUAACUCAACAUAUAAAUGACCAUGAUUUUGUGGAUAUAUAUGGUCUUGUUGCUGAACUGAGAAGUGAAAGAAUGUGCAUUGUACAGAAUCUGGCCCAGUAUAUUUUCUUGCACCAGUGCAUCUUGGACCUGUUGUCAAGCAAAGGAAGCAACCAGUCCAUCUGUUUUGUAAAUUAUUCUGCACUUCAGAAGAUGGAUUCUUUGGACGCUAUGGAGGGUGAUGUUGAGCUCGAAUGGGAAGAAACCACCAUGUAAAUUUUCAGGAAGAGAAAACAUCUGGAGUUUUAUGGGCCAAAAUGACUUCCCAAUUAAUCUGAAUUAGUAUUCACCAACUUAAAAACAAACGGAUGUAUCCUCUCUUCUUAAUAUGCGUUGGUAAAUGGAAUACUCAGUUAAUGAGAAUGUUCAGGAAAGAAACUUCUUGCAGGGUUAAGGAAUUUUGCACAUAGUCUAAAAUGUUUUGCACAGCUUCUAUGAUACAUAUUUAGGAGAUUGGGUUCUCUGAAAAAAAUGAGUUUUUUUGCAGUUCUCUUCUAAAAUCUUAAAAAUAAGCCAAAUAAAUCAAGUCAUCUUCGCACAAAUUAUUCAGUGUGAAUUUGUCCUAUUCUUUGGGCUUGGUUUUAAAUUUAAAAUGAUCAACAUUAUCCAGUAGAGAUAUUGCGACUGCCAGGUUGUUGACAUUUCUGGUGAAUUCCUUCCAGUACUGCCUAAUGAUCUUUCCUUAAAUGUAUGUUCUUGGGUUUUGAAUCUUCUAUUUUAUGAGUGCUGAGAUGUAUCUCCUGAUCCUGAACAGCUGAACUGUUACCCCCUGACACUUUAGGGAUUAUUCCGCUUUUACACAACACACAGUAGCUCUUCAGGGACACUUAGGGCUAUUUAAACUGCUUUGUGAUCAUCAGUUGGAAAAAAAAAGUGUUUGCAGUUACACAUUGUGAGUGAUAAAGGAGGAUCUCUCCUUCCCAUGAACUUUUAUCACUUUUCAGCUGUAACCAUUAGUUGUUUCCUUUUAUAUUUCAGACACAAAAUGCAUUUAUUGGAGUGCUGUACAUUGUG